ACCACCAAAUAUAUGACGUCACACAACUUUCUGCAUAAGCAGAAUUUUCUGACGUUACACACAUAGAAAGGCAGAGGGAAUAUCAAACUUGAAGCUCAACUUUGACAGACAUGAAUAUCUAAAUACAAAUUAACUGGAAAACACUAUUCGCGAUGAAUACAUUUGUCACACACCCUAGUGUUAGAAUAAAAGGCACAGAGAACAAUUAUAAUCCAGUGAGAUGUAUGGACCACAGAUGUCCCGACAACUCAAUUCACAUGCAUUGUCCUUUCUGUGUGAAGAAAGAUUUUUAUCAUGAUCCAGUUAUAUUGAAAGCACAUUUUCGUGUGAAACAUGUUGACAAAGGAAUAGAUUUUGCAGGACUGAAAAUUUUAAGAUGCUGUGAUCAUUGUGAUAUUGUUGGUAUCAUCAAAGGGGAAAAGAAAUUUAAAGGAGCUCACUGGCAUUGCUACAAGUGUCGGAAUGGUUUUAACAGAAGAGAUGAGGCUAUCAAACAUUACAAGACCCACUUUAGAAAUCCACAGACCACCUUUCAAAUCCAAAUUGCUCAGGAGAUCAACAAUCCAUGUUCUUACCAAGAUGACACCAUGGAGCCAACAGAACUGUCCAUCCACCCAGUUCUUACUCAGGCCGUUAUGUCCACCAGUAUAUCUGAAGCGGGAUAUAAGUCCCUGUUGAACCCCCAGACAACCCAGGUCAGUAUGACUAAUGGGAAGCCACUAGAUGGUACGAUGCAGGUGUCUGUGGCUGCCAAUGAGACUGUAGAUUCCUCAGAUGCUCCACAAACUCACAUAAUGAUCAUCCACGAGGACCAGGGUGAAUCAGAGGACGGAGGCUCAUAUACCACUCAGAUCAUUUCUAGUGAAGAUGUUGGGAUAGAGGAAGAGAAAGAACAUGCUGUCCAUCAGAACUCAGACAACCAAUUAGAAGAACUGCAGCAGAAAUAUGAGAAAUUACAGGAGGGCAAACAGCAGAUGGAGGCUCAACUUAAGUUAGUCAUAGAGAACUUACAAGCAGAGAUCAAAGAUUUGAAAGACAAGCUCCAAAAAAGUAAACAAAGAGAACAUGACUUAAUGGAACAAAUAAGUGUACCAUUAGACAAGAACAUAGAAAAUCUCAUGAAGCAACUGGAAACCCAGCAUAGGGAUUUAAUAUAUCAACAACUACUUUGUAUAAAACGAGAAUACAAGUUACAGACAGUAACCUCCCCUGAGGAGGCUACUACAAGCUUAAAACACACGGAUAAUAAUGUAGGUAAGGAGACUGCUGCUAGUAAUUCUGAACUGUUCACGGUCUCCCAAACGUUUGACAACUCCACUGAUCAAGAAGAGGAGGAGGCGGACACAGGCGACAUUGAAGCUCAGGAAAAUGGAGACUCUCUAAAACUACCAGAAUCCUCUGUAGAUUCUGCUGCAAACAUAGUGUGUAUCAAUUAUAGCUCUCUACCUAUUGACACUGCUGGAAACUUCCAGGUCACCCAUCAUUUAGACCCACAAGAGGAAGACUGUGGUAGUGGAGAGGGGGGUGAGGAUAAUGGGCCCUCUCCCAAACGAUUCAAGUCCCAGUAGAUAUACACAAUAAAUGGCUGCUAAGUAGACAUUUAGUUUUAUGGAGAGAUCAUCAGAUUGGUAAUCAGUAUUGGUAUGUUAUUAUGUUCCCCAAA